UGUUAAUCACAAGACGUAGGUCUACAUGUAGCUAUCUUGGCACGUCACAUCCAACCCCUCACCUCCUAAUAGAAGUCCACUGAAUAUUUAGGUCUAAAGAGAUUACAAGCGAUCAAUAGGCCUAAUACAAUACACUGUACAGCACGGGAAGUGCGGAGCUAAUGUUACGCGGACUUACUACUAGAGGACGCGUUUUUCUGACGCUUAUUUUUAGCCACCCAUAGCGCCAUUAUAGCGUUUGUUUAUUCGCGUAUGAACGCACUGACUGAUGACAUGGAGGUCUUCUUCCUUCCGUCCUGGGUUAUAAUACUGCUGGCAGUGGCAGUCCUGACCCUAGUUUAUCUGCUAUAUCUUCAUUAUGCAUGGGACAACAGACGCAGGUUUGGGCUCCCAGGACCCGCGCCUUUGCCUUUAUUCGGCCACAUUGUAGAAAUCAUGAAGGAAGGAAUCUGCGGCUUUGACCUGAACGCCGUGAGGGCUUACGGUAACGUGCUGGCGCUGUCCUCGGGACUCAUGGGGAACGCACUGGGGGACGUGAUGAUCAGUGAUCCUGAUAUGAUCAAAGAGAUCUUGGUGAAACAAGCCAAUGUAUUUGUGGAUAGGAAUAUCAAUGGCGAGGCGCAAAUUUCGCCUCUAGAGAAGGCAUUGUUUGCAGUGAAAGGGGACUACUGGAAGCAGAUGCGCAACACGCUGACCCCCACAUUCACUUCCGGGAAGUUACGUCACAUGCAGACGAUGAUCAGUAAAUGUGCCCAAACGCUGGUCGACAACUUGAAAAAGAAGGCAAAUACUGGAGAGAAAUUCGACAGCCAAAUCUGGGGCUGCUACACGAUGGACGUGAUAUGUGCCACAGCAUUUGGGGUCGAGGUUGACUCUUUGAAUAAUCCCAACCAUCCUUUUGUGGUGAAUGCCGAUCGUUUCAACAACAUUAAUUUGGGUAACCCCCUUGUUUUGAUGCUGUUCCUUUGUCCUCGCUUUAUGAAGAUGUUCGAGCCCAUACUGCCUUACGUCCCUGGGGUGAAGUCUUACGUGGGUCCGAUUAAAUAUUUCUCAAAAACAACAGAAAAUUUACUUCAAGAUAGACGACUAACAAAUGACGGACAAUACAAAGAUUUCCUGCAGCUGAUGUUGAACGCUCACAAAUUAUCCACUUCAGAGAUGUCGGACGACGAAAAGCAAGAUGAGAAAUUGAAGAAGAGGGUCUUGACAACGGAGGAAAUAGCAGCCAAUGGGAUGGGGUUUUUCGCAGCAGGUUUCUCUACAACGAAGGACACUUUGGGGUAUAUCGCAUACCUCCUAGCAACACACCCACAGGUGCAGGAGCGCCUCGUGCAGGAGAUUGACGAUGUUCUCCAGGACGCCGACCCGACCCACGACAACGUCUCAAAGCUCACGUACUUGGAACAGGUGAUCAACGAAUCCAUGAGACUGUAUCCCGUAGGAAUUCGUCUGGACAGACUCGCGGACCAGGACACCACAGUCAACGGCCUCUUCAUUCCCAAAGGCACGGCUGUGGCUAUCCCCACCUUCGCCAUUCAUUUACACCCAGAGUACUACCCAGAGCCAGAGAAAUUCGACCCUGAUCGGUUCUCGCCAGAGGCCAAAGCAAAGAGAAAUCCAUACACGUACUUGCCCUUUGGUAUGGGGCCCCGAAGCUGUAUCGGCAUGCGCCUGGCCAUGCUCGAGAUGAAGAUGGUCCUGGCAAAGGUGUUACAAAACCUCACUUUCAAGACGUGCGAGGAGACGCAGAUUCCAAUGGUUCUGUCGAAGUCGAGGCCCAUGAAACCCGAGAAGGAAAUAUGGUUGAAAGUGGAGGAGAGAGCUCUCUGAACAAAAAUAAUAAAGAUAUAAAAUAGAAUAAAAAAUCACUCAUGUAGAACUUACGCACCAAAAAGAAUUAUAGUAUGAUGUGAUUGCAUUACAUUUGUGCUGGAAAUGAACUCCACUGAAAGAGACCAUUAUUUUAACCAGAAAAUCACAAUUGUAGUUUUACAUGAAAUCAAGUUGCCCCACGCAGCUUUAUUUACUCCGUGUUAUAUAUGAUAUUCGGCGGGUGUACGCUGACAAUCAGCGCUUAUAAUGAAAGAAUUCAAAUUUUAAAUGCCUCUAUUUUUUAUAUUUUUACCCAAGACAAUCGGUAUUUCAGUAUUGAUGUGUAAAAUUAUUGAGUCAGCCAAAGCAAUUUUUGUAUUUUUCAACUUAUAUCAUAGUAUUAACAUAUUUACUCUCGUGGAAUAUUACAAUGAAGGUAUCAUGAACCACGUUUGCCCUGAGAACAAGAGAAUGCAAAUUAUGUAGCCCUUAUUUCUUUCAUGGUUAUAAAUUUGCAAUGCUAUUUUAGUAUAGGCGCAUAAUAUAUUUGAGACCAUGCAGUAUUGGGACUUUUAGUUCACUGCAUAAUAUUUUUCUUUAACGUAGCAUAUAAAGCAAAUAUUUAAAUCGCCGCUCUGAUGUAAUUCACACAAACGAAUAAAAAAAUCGAGAACAUUUUAAUAAAACGAAUGUUGUGUGAAAUUGCCUUGGUUUAGCAUAUUUCAGGGACCCUUCCUAGAGCCUAUUGUACUUACUUUGGCUCGAUCUGUCUCCAAGGGGAUUCUCACUAAAUUGCUACCAACUGAUGCAGCUUAAAUGUCUGUCACGCCUGAAAAUGGAAAAGAACAAGCACUUGUUGUAGCAUGCAGUUGCUCAGGAUAUUACUCCAAUCCGUAGAAUAAUAAAGGAGUUCCGAGAGGAGGAAAUUGAUAUGGAAUAAAAAAAAUCGUGACAACGGUGCCUGUGCACCAGUACUGCAGCACGUGCCCGUGAACUCAAUCGGGGUGCGGGUAUCGUUGGGUACAAAAUCGCAUAUUUGAAACACAAUAUUGGAUUAUUAAAUGGCGUUACACAACAAACAUAAAGUGAGUUAAUUUCAAAAUAUAAGGAUUGCGGAGAUCUAUAAAAGGGAUAACUUGCGUGAGAGGGACAGGGAAAGGCCAACUUCUCAAGGAAAACCAUGACCCCAUGUCGCUGACAGUACACGCGCAAUCACAAACUAUUCACAAGGAAGGGGGCGAUUGGACAGGGAUCGCGA